CGGGAUGAUAAAAAUAAGUGUUAUUGAACACGUUAGGAAAGUUAAUGUGUGUGUGUGUGUGUAUUAAAAUAAAAGGAAAUUAAGUUUAAUUUAAAGGUUUUUUUAGUAAUUUAGCCAAGAUUUAAUAAUACAAAAGGACAAAAACUGCCCAUAGAUGAUGUCGAUGUGUUGGUGGCUCCAUGAGUGCUAAAAUUGCAAUGGCAAGAUUUCGGAGUAAAGGUACAAGAUUUUAGUAAACCCAAAAACAAAAUCAUCAAAUCCCUGGCAACAUCAGUACUUCAACUGGCACAAUCUACACCAUCCAAAAUUAAAUAAAGUUAAUCCCACCGUCAGUGUUGAAAAAAUUCCGUGUCCACCUCUCACGCAAAAGUGGGGCAAACUGAAACAGCAAAAGCGCGCCAACACCCACCAUACACGUCAGCACCUGAAGUUUUCUAACCAAUACGAAAUUGCCACGACUUUCGAGUUCCCCUAACACGUAACCGUCAAGAUAGUAACUUGACACGUAACCGUCAAGAUAGUAACUGAAAUCCAAAUCCAAGACAAAAUUCAAUUUUUAGAGUUUUGGUGCAUACCUCUGUAUUUUUUUUUUUUGGUUUUUCAUGGAGACUGCUCGCAAUAUUAUUCCUCGGCCUGUUCUUUGCUUCCCUGGCACCAGAAUUGCUACUCACCGUUUGAGCUUGCCUCCUAAUGGUCUAUGUACUGGGAAAUGUAGAAUCCCAUUUAGAAGCAAAUGUGGUUUUUCCGAUUCUGGGCAUCUAAAAUACUAUGUGUCGCCAGCGAGGUGUGGCGGAAAGAAAGAGAAGAGUAAGAAGCAGCAGCUCAAGUUGAUGAGAAGAGGGUAACGGUAGUUUGAUUGGUGACGUCAAGGGGAAGAUGAUUUCGGAAGCAACUGAGAUUUUAUUAGCGGAAUUGCAAGAUCGGAGGUUAGAGAGCAAGGAACAGAUGAGAAAGAGAAGAGAAGAGAGGGCAACGUUGAUUAAAAAUAGGCCCAGGUGUGACUCUGGAUCUUCGUCGUCAUCGAGCUCUUCCUCUUCCGGGUCAUCUUCACCUGAGUCAAGUGAUAGUGAUUGUAGUAGAGAGGUAGUUUCCAUGAAACAGAUGAGAAGCAAUGCUUUGAACCCUUUUAUAGAGAUUGAAUCGGCAAAUGCCAUUAAAGAAGAAGCAACUCAAGAAGAUCAGCACAGGGAUACAGUAUCAGGGGCUAAAUCUAAUGAUUCAAGUCCACAAAAUAUCAGUGAUGGCGCUCAGAUGGGAGCGUCUGGGAGGAAGGUUGAGAUAUGCAUGGGUGGUAAGUGUAGGAAAUUGGGAGCAGCUGCUCUGCUGGAAGAAUUUGAAAGGAAGAUCGGAAUGGAGAGUUCUGUUGUUGGUUGCAAGUGCAUGGGGAAAUGCAAGAAAGGUCCUAAUGUCCGGGUUUUCAACUGUACUGUUGAAAAUGAAGGCAUGAGAGUGGAGGGUUCUAUUAACCCCCUCUUAAUCUUCUAUGCACCUGAGUUGGUUUGAAGGAUGUGGGUAUCAUUGGUCGUCAACUUCUGGGCAAUGAUGGCAAAGACAGGAAUCAUGCAUGUCUGAUGGCACCUUCAUGAGGAGACAUAUUUACCUUUUUUCCUUGUGAAUUAAUUUGUUUAGUUCAUUUUUGGCGUUUAACUGCAAUUGUGCUGCUGACCAUCUGCAUAGUUUCAAAAGGAAAAAAAGAGAGGAGGAAUAAGAAGACCAGGCAGGCUUCACGGCUUUCAUGUAAUGAGAACGAUGAGCACUGCUUGAAAUUUAAUUAGCAGCAUGAAAAUCAGAAGUUUUUCUCUUCUCUUA